CAGAGUCGGGACUCUCUGUGCAGGUUCUUGUCUAGGGCUGUUAAUGAACCAAGCCGCUCAUGAACGGCUCGGUGUGCGAUUCGAGAAAAACUCGUUUGAUACUCGAUUCGUUUUAAUCGAGCCGGCUCGCGAACAAGCUCGUUAACUAAACGAGCCGAACUCGAGCCAUACCAUGUUCAGCUCGAAAGCUCGCGAACAAGCUCAUUUAAUGGUUUGGCAUAAAAAAAAAAGAAUUAGAAUUCAUGGAUUUUAUGUAUUGAAAUUGGGAUAAAUAUUGUGUUUUACUUUGCUACAGAUUUAAAUGUAAUUUUGUGCAUAGUUCUAGGUCAAUCUUGAGCUAUCAUGAACAUUUUAUGAGCUGAACUUGAUUUUGGGCUCGUUAAGCUUAUUUGACGAGCCGAGCUCGAGCCGAGCUCGAGCUUUCAUUUUCAUAAACGAGCCGAGCUCGAGCUUGCAUAUUAAAACUCGUGACGAACACGAGCCGAGCUCGAGCCUGGAAAUAUAUUAACGAGCCGAGCCCGAACUAUGGCAAAGCUCGGCUCGACUCGGCUCAUUAACAGCCCUAUUAAAUCUUGUCCAAGAAAGAAGAGAAAAAGAAAAAACUCUCUUCUACUAGAGUUUUGCUUCUCGGGCUUUGCUGGCUGUUCUUGCAUCCAUCAAAUUGAUGAAUGACGAGUUGGCCUACUCUCAUUCAUUCAUUCAUUCCUUCAUCCUUCCUCCUCCUUCUGUUAAUCCAAACCCCUUUUCUCCUCGGCAAAUUCAUUACAUUCCCCGCCUUGUUCUUCCUAAAACGCACUUUUCCGCAUUUGUAGCCAUUGUCUUCUCCGGGCCGUUCUCUUGCCUGACCUCCCAACGAGUCGCCGACGUCUUCUGCUGUUGGGUCUAAUGCAACACCUGGAAAUUCGUCGGCUAUUUUCUUCUUAUUGAGUAACCCCUAGUCUUCUCUCCAAGAGGUAAUCCCUAAAUCUUUGCUUGCUUUCGCGUGUAAUCGUCUUUUUUAUAUGUGGAACUCUCCGCAUUUGCUUGGUUUGUAUUUUGCUGUUCGUUUUUCUUUCUGUUUUGCGUUUUCUGCUUGUCCUUUGAAGUAGUGGGUUCACUGUUAUGCUCAAUUUGGAGCUCCUGGUGAGGGAUUGCAGUGAACGCACUUGAUGGCUAGAUGAUGAUGAAGCCAUGCUUAGAACCAAUCUGUUGUCUUUCGGGAGUAUAUUCAUGUUUCGGCAGAAAAUUUCUUAUGGGUGGGUGAAACUGAUAUCUCUAUGCAACCCUAUUUCUUGUGAGGAUGGCUGAUCUCCUCGGUGCGUAUACCUGCGAGACCACAUCCUUGAGACGAUGCUUGCUUUCAGUACACAUUGUCCUUUUUGUGAUUUAGAUCUAGUAUAGUUUGUCAUCUGUUUAAACGAGCUUGUCUUCUGCUCAAUAUGGAAUUUGAACACCUUGUCUGGGAUGUACUUGCUUGUGAUUUGUUUUAUUUAAAGCACUUCCUCUGAAUGGCUGACACAUUGAUACUUUAGCUGGUGUUGGUGCUUCUGGAUACAGUUGUUUCUCGUUUGCUGUUUUAUCUCCCUCUUUCUUGAUCAAACUAUCGUUAAUACUAUGUUGGAGAUGAUGCUUCAUAGAUGGUCAUGCAUUAGUUUGAUGGAGUCUCGAUGGUAAUUGAUUUGGCUUGUAUGUCUUCCAGAUUUUUGUUUCUUAAAUGCCUACUGAAGAGUUUCUGGCACUGAUCCUUAGAACGUUGAGCUUGCAUGGAUAUGAAUCUACUUGAAGAACAAUCCAGAACAUGCUCUCACUGAGAUCUGUUCGCAGAUUUUUCCAUUACUCUGCUGCUGUUGCCUCAACUGGAAACUGUACUGCUGUAUCUUAUCCCAUCAUGAAGCAAAAACCAUUGGAGGAACCUGCUCUUGUUAAGCUUAAGGCUGAGAGAGAUCCUGAAAAGCUAUUUGAUCUUUUCAAGGCCAAUGCUAGAAAUAGGCUUGUCAUUGAGAAUCGGUUUGCAUUUGAAGACACUGUUUCUCGCUUAGCUGGUGCUCGACGAUUUGAUUACAUUGAGGAGUUGCUUGAGCAACAAAAGUCCCUUCCACAAGGGCGACGUGAAGGGUUCAUCGUAAGGAUAAUAAUGUUGUAUGGGAAGGCUGGGAUGGCUAAGCAUGCUAUCAAUACCUUUUAUGAUAUGCAUUUUUAUAAGUGUAGAAGGACUGCCAAGUCUUUCAAUGCUGCACUUAAAGUUUUGGCAGGAGCCCGGGACAUAGCAGCAAUCGAAACAUUUCUGAUUGAGGUUCCUGAGAAGUAUGAUAUAGAAUUAGAUACAUAUUCAAUGAACAUUGUCAUUAAGGCCUUUUGUGAAAUGGAGAUUUUGGACAAGGCAUUUUCAAUCAUGGUGCAGAUGGAAAAGUUGGGAAUAAGGGCAGAUGUUAUCACAUACACUACACUUAUUGCAGCAUUUUACAGAAAGAACAGGAUACAGUAUUUGGUGAACAGAAGACAAGCAUGGAAAGCAAAUGAUCUUAUUCUUUCAAUGGAAAGAGUUGGGGUCAUACCAGAUGAGAUUACUUAUAACUUAGUUAUCAAAGGUUUUUUCCAGGCUGGAUAUCCUGAGAUGGCAAAAAGGGUAUAUUCUGCAUUGCAUGGAAGGGGGUUUAAGCCCAAUGUUAAAAUAUACCAGACAAUGGUGCAUUAUUUGUGUGAGGGUGGGGAGCUUGAUUUGGCAUAUAAGAUGUGUACUGCCUGUAUGAGAAAGAACUGGUUCUUGAGCGUAGACUCUAUUUCUGCGCUACUUAUUGCCUUAAAGAAGAAUGAGAAGAUUGACAAGGCUAGGAUGGUCAUGACAUUGGUCAGGAAGAAGGUGCCAUCAUUCUCUUCAAACCAAUUAAGCUUGUUGGAGUCUAUUUUUUCCAGUAGUUGAAGGGAUUAGAGAUGUGGUUAAUUCACUCAUCGCAUGGGCUGAAUUGCAAGCUGGACUCUGUAACCUAUCACUCCAUGUGAUCCCGAAAAUGAAUGGUGCCCUACUGCCCUUGAUUGCGCUGAUUCAACUAUAGCAGCACUCUGAUGAAUAAUUGCGAUGAAGAAGACAGGUCUUGCAGCUGGUGACCUGAUUCUUGUAAAUUGGCAAUGCACUUUUGCUUUUAUAGCAUUCAGAAUAUAAUUGUUUGAGUAAGAAAAAGUACUACAAUGCAUGUUUUCACUUGGGGGAUUUUUUUUACCGCACCUGUCUCAAGAACUAUGUUUAAGAUUAAGCUAGAUGCCAUGACUUUUUUUCUUUACUUUACAGUUAGUAGCAGAUAUUACAUGUCUUACUAUGUCGUUGGCUGUCAAAGAAAGGUCAAAUGAAACCAUCAUGUUGCACUCAUGCCUUUUCUGACCCAGAUAUUUCAAUUAAAGGGUGUCUAGGAAAUAAUUUGUCAUAUGGACCUUUGUUUUGUAGAUCCUGUUAUAUAUGCUUUUGCUUUUAAAGCACAAAUUGUUGGUGCUUCUAUGCCUUUGAAUUGUCUUCUCUAUUUGUGAUACCCCCUUUGCUGUUUUAUGACAUAUUUCUCAUUGGGGUGGAGCGUGAGAUGGUCCAGGACCGUCAGUGUUUAAUUUUUCUCCUUUGUUCCCUGCAGGAAGUGUUCUUGAGUUCUGACUACAAAGAGUGCCAGAAAAGGUGCCUGUGUUCAUACUUCCAAUGCAGUCAAAAUCGCGCUUUAAACUUAAAAACUUACGAUUUUACGCUUUUAGGUCACCAAAACGCUUUCGUUUCCAUAUAAAAACUUAAGUGUAUAAAAUCGGACUAAUUGCACUUUAAAGCUUAAAAGCUAACGGUUUUACGCUUCUAAUUCACCAAAACGCUUUACGUUUUUACGCUUUUAGUUCACUAAAUGAGUAUUCUUUUCAUGAAAUUAAUUAUAAAAAAUAUAUUUUAAAAGUAAAUCACCAACAAUAUGAUACAUUUGAGAUUAGAAGAUACAUAUAAGGUACUUGGAUGCAUUUUCAACUUCAAUAGAGUAAUAUAAUUCACCAGCUAGGAUUUUCCCAAAUUCAUUAGCAUAGAGGGAAAAGUGGCUUAUUGUUAAAAUUUAUGUUUACGAACUUAUUAUUAAUAUACUAUAAGUUGUCCUACUUUAGGCAUGAAUCGCAUGUAUUUAUUAACUUAUCUGUGCAUUCAUAUUUUGCAUAGCAUAUGUCCUACUUAAUAGUUUUUUAGUUAUUUUUCAGUAUGUGUCAAAAACUUACGCUUUUACGCUUUGAUUUUACGCUUUACGAUUUUAUCCCUUUUCCACUUCUAGGUAGAAUCGCGCUUUUGACUGGUUUGCAUUAUUCAGAAAUUGUUGUCCUGGAACCGUAUCAGAAAUAAAUCCUUCUGCUUUUUCUGGUUUUUUUCUAGAGUUGUGCGCUCAGAACUUUUUCUACAGCCAUUUAUCCAGUUUGUAAUUAUGAUCUGAUUCUCCCACCUUUUAAAGAUGAUUAUCUGACGUUAACUGAAAGUUUACCUUUUAAAGAUGAUUAUCUGACGUUAACUGAAAGUUGGAAAAUAUUGAUGGUCUAAACUGAUGAUAAGUGCUAAAUCAUCGUUUUCUUUAGCACCUUCAAAAUGUUAUUGUGCCGAUAUCCAGAUGUAAAGAAUGCAAUGUGAAGGAAGGCUGCAACAACUGAUCGCAGAUAUAUCUUCUUGGGAAUUGGUAUGUGAGCCUAAAUUUUCCUGAAAUUAGUCCUCUCCUGUCUUUGGUCAUAGUUUUACCUUGAAAGAGACAUUGGCAUCCUUUUAUCCUGUGUUUUGAGCAUGGCUUAAUGUGGAUAGUCUUCUACUAUUAUUUAUUUACUCUGUUUCUCAAGUGCUGCUUUUGCCGUAUUUUCAAUGCACGUUGGCUUAAAUAUUUUGUCUCCCUGAUGGCUUCUCUGCACUUGCUUUCAUUUGACAAUAGGUUUUCAUAUUGGGGAUAGCUACUGCAAGCUUUCAUUUGGUAUGAAAUUCUUCAUCAUUUGAUGUCAUGUAAGCCUUUUGUAUGAUGGCAUGAACAUGUUCAUCAAGAACGCCAGAAACAGUAGUCCAUUCAAUGGCGAGGCCAGGUUUCUUUCCAUCCAGUUAAGCACAUACGACGACAAGAUGGAUAUCAUACAAAGGAGGAUGUAACUCCCUUGAUGUCCGACAGUAUUAUCGACCAUUUUUUUCUCUUCUAGGUUUUACCAUGUGUUUGAGAGGAUUUUUAUCUUUUAAUCAAAGCUUGUAAAUAGAAGAUGGUAGUUCACAAAAAAAAAAAAAAUCCCUGAAGCUAGUAUAGAAACUUAUAGAUGCCAGAUGGAAUGGCAUUCACUGUUAUUUUCGGGGUUUUAGCUCUUGGUUGAGAAGCUUGAUUAGCCUAUUGAACAACAUAAAGAUGACAUUAUGAAUCUAAAGGCUGUCUGGGAGGUUUGCUCCAUAAUCGGACGGACUCCAUAAAAUCGAAAGGUUCCA